AGUAGUUUAUCAUCUCCCUAGUAUUGGUAGUUUACCACCAUAAUGACAAGAGUAUCAUCAUCAUCAUCUGGCUGCUACUAUGAUGAUAUCGUUAAAUGGAUACUUGAUCACAACUAUCAACGUAUAGCUCUUCAAUUCCCCGAUACCAUGUUGAUAAGAUCUCCAAGAAUAUGUAAGGAACUAUCUAGUAGACUAUCACCACAAGAACAUGAAGUGUUCGUUAUUGGGGAUACUAAACAGGGUUCAUGCUGUGUUGAUGAAGUUAAUGCUGAACAUUAUGCAGCACAUUGUAUAAUACACUUUGGUCAUAGUUGUCAUACUAUGCCUAGACGUAUACCAACUUAUUAUGUAUAUGAUGAUGAAUGUUCGAUAAAAGAGGAAUAUAGUAAUCCAAAGAUACUGUAUAAGGAGCUUAUGCAUUGGUUAAAGUCUAAUGGGAAGGAUGAGGAGGAAAUAUUGCUAAUAUGGGAAACUAAAGAUCCAAAAAUGGAAAUGGAAUAUGCAAAGAUCCUGCAACAUCAUUUUCUUGCUACUACUAGUACUAAUACAUCACGUGUUCCCAUCAUACGUGUAUGUAUAUCAUGUCAUGAGUAUAUACCUCAAAAUAAUAGUAAUAAUGUAAUGAUGGUAAGAAGAUUCCAACCAAAUAUUGAAGUAUUGAAAUCAUCUGGUCCACUAGCUAGAGUAUUUCUUAACACACAAGUUAUGAGUACUAAUAGGGAUAACAACAACAACAACAAUAACGUUACUACAUUAUGUGGAAGAAAGAUUGUGGAUAUCGACGAUGUUGAUGGAGAUGUCGUCACAUCAUCAUCACGUUCAUCAAAUAUUCCUAUCGUUAUAUUUAUGGAUGAUCAUCAUCAUCAUAAUCAUCAACAUGAGGAGGAGUAUGGUGAUAAGCCAAUAGCAUCAUCA